GUCAUCAUGCUGCAGUUGAUCAGCCCAGCAGCAAUGUAAGGCAGCCACGACAAAUAUAAGGCUACAUCGGCCCCCCUCUCGAGAUACGUAGCACAAGUUACUGAUCUCACGCAAUGACCUCAAACAACCAAGACAAAGUCAUCCUCAUCACCGGUACUUCACAAGGCAUCGGCCAGGGUAUCGCCAAACAUUACCUCAAGCAAGGCUGGACUGUCAUCGGCGUCAAUCGCAACCCCGAGAAGACUCCCAAACUCGAAGGCAACAUCAUCACACUCAAGGCUGAUCAGUCUUCUUUGACCGAUUUUCAUGACGUCGUCAAGGAGCUCAAGACCAAACACAACAUCACCCAAAUUGACAUUGUCGUCGCCAACUCUGGUACCGGUGGUCCUGGUGCCCUUCUCAAAGACGCCUCCCCCACCGACUUGGACUAUGUCUACCAAGUCAACACCCGUGGACCCCUCGUGCUCUACCAGACCACCAGGCCAUUGUUGAAGGACAAUGGAACCUUUGUGGUCAUCUCUAGCCUUGCCGGGUCAUUGCAGAGGACUUUUAUGUGGGAGCUUAUCGGCUUCUAUGGGGCUAGUAAAGCGGCAGUCAACUACCUUACUCGUACCAUUCACUUCGAGGAGCCGACUCUCAAAGCAUUCACCAUCGAUCCGGGAUCGGUCGACACGUAUGUUAAUCGCUAA